GGAACUCAAGCUGCUUUGGUCUCCCUCCGUCUCUAUAUAAACAAAUAAAGAGAGCUCUCUCUUUCUCACAAGUCAUUUAACAAUUUGCAGCUCUCGAAGUAGAACUCAAGAAACUUGUAGAUCAUUAUUCUCCGGCGAAUAUUCAAGUCUCAUCAAUCAUGAUCCCCGUGGUAAUCAUUUCUGAGCUAUUGGUGGAGUACACGACGUCUCUCGCUAAACUCAUAGCUGUGAUUCUUCCGAGGCGGCAAGGCGACGGAAACUUCGUAAGGAUUGGCAAUUUAUCCGUGUAUUGUCCUCCUGGAUCGUCGCCGGUUCCAGAUUACUCUUCGCAUCUAGUCAACUUCUGAUCCCUGACGUCGAUGCUUUACCUUUUCCCCUUCUAUUUUUUUAACAAGUAGAUGAGUGACAGCUGAGGAUUUUUUUUUCGCCCUUUUCGGAUACUGGGCAGCUAGAAAUUUGUAAACAUUUAUCGUAUUUGAAUUAAUAGAGAUUAUGACAGAAUUUUCUUAAUUUAUGAUAAUUGAUCAUCUGUUCUGUUGGGUCCAAUUAGUAACUGUCCCGGCCAAUGAUGAUUUUCAAAUGUUGGUCUGCUUGUUGGAAAUGUAUUAAUAAUGAAUACGUGAUUUUACAAACAUAAUGGUUUUAAAAUAAAAGGUGGGUUAGUGGAACGAAUUCAUAGUGUACUUAUAAGAUCAAGUUUUCAUAUAAUUUUUUUCACGAACGUUUUAAUUGGUAAAAAUAUGCCAUUUGUCAGAUAAUUAGAUAAAUACUCUUAAAUAUCACUAAAUCAAAAUUUUGUUUAAAAAUAAUCUACAAGGAAAAAAUUCUAAAAAAACAUUCAUUAAAAAGUUAAAAAAAAAUAUACACAUAUGAGUUUAGAGUUUAUUAUUUAGAAAGUGUGAUUCACCGUUUAGGAUGUAGAGUAAUUUAGUUUUUUUAUUGAUAAUUAAUGUUAUUUUGUGAAAGAAACUAAAAAUAGUAUCUAUGAAAUUUACCGUUGUAAUAUGUGGUUUGAUUGAAAAUCAGUGACCAAUGAAAAAAAUAAAGCCAAAAAGUAAUACAAAAUUCAGUAGAUAGAUAAAUUCGAAAUAAAAUUCAAACAAUCGAAAGUAUAUCAUAUCUAAACCUCUUGGCUAUUAAUAAAAUAGAAGUAUGGUAAUUGCUAAUGAUGGACGGCAUUGUGGUACGUUUAUGUCGGCAUUAAAUUCGUUUCUCUAAUUAAAUACUCUAGCUAAGUCUGUUAGUUGUUUCACUAGCAGACUUCUGAAGAUUUAUUAGGGUAUGACAUCAAUUAGUUAGUUGCACAAAAAAGAAAGACAUAAUUUCGUGCAACUAACUCCAGACGUAAACAGUUAGGUUUAUAAAUAUCAAAUUAAAGUAAAAACAGAAGUGUUUGAAUUUUUAAUCCAGAAAGUGGACUACAUGCCUAUAGGUGCGAUUCAUCAAAGACUAGGUCGACGCUCAGGUAAUUAACAAUGAUUUAACUCAGAUACAACUUACAGUCAACUACAACUCAUACCGAAUUAAAAAUUGCCUAACUUAUAUGAUUCAAUAUUAUUUUGUGCGACUAUUUUACAGCAGCCGAGUUGUGAACGCGGAAGCUUGAUAUGUCCUUUAUAAUUGUUUAGGCGAUACUCCUUUAUCAUCUAUAUAAUUUAUAAUAUCUCCUCGUCGCAGAAUCAGAACAAAAUAUCUUAUAUUGCCAUACAGAUUUUACAGCAGCCGAGUUGUGAACGCGGAAGCUUGAUAUGUCCUUUAUAAUUGUUUAGGCGAUACUCCUUUAUCAUCUAUAUAAUUUAUAAUAUCUCCUCGUCGCAGAAUCAGAACAAAAUAUCUUAUAUUGCCAUACAGAAUUAGCUCAAAAUCUACAUCUGUAAGCUCCGAUCAUAUGUCUAAUUAUAUAUGUGGUUAGAGUUCCAAUAGUAUGCUACUAAAUUUUUAAAUCCAUCUCCUUGUUAUUGAUUUUUAAGUGCAAUAUACAUCCGACCAAACAGUCAUCAUAGUUAUAGUCUUGUACAAGCAAAAAAAAAAGAUAGUUCAUGAAUUUGUCAGACUUGACGUGUAAAAAAUAAUACUAGUAAUAAUAUCAAGAACUAAAUAGAUUUAGACAAAAAAAUCUAAGAUAUUUAAGAUUUGUCUAGUCUAUACAAAGAUUUAUGCAUGUUUUCCAUUUCCCUGUUUCCAAUCAAGAAUGAAUAAAUGUCACUAUAUGCCAAAAAAAAUUACCAAACAAAAAAUAUAUAUGUCAAAAUAUGUAUAUGAUAAGUAAAGUUUUAUUUUAUUUUGAAUAGCAUUGUAGAUGGAUCUACGAGAAAAAAAGCACAUUUAUUUUAUUAAACGUAACUGAAGAUAACCAACUCCAUCGGAUAGACAUUCACAAGGAAAUCGAGUUAUGAAGAUGUAAAGACGUGUUAGAAUUCUGUUUAUUUAUCUUUUGUGUAAGUGAGCUGUAACCCCAAACAAGGUUGUAUCUGCUGAGUUAUUUUUUUAUUUCAAAAAGUGAUGCAAGUGCUGAGCUGUUAGUAAAUAAAACACAUAUGAUUGUCGUUAAGUUUAUUAGAGGAUCAGCUAACGCGAAAGGGACAAGCGCGUCUUCAUUUUUAUGUUCUGACUGUCUGAAGAGAAAUAAAAUUAUAUUAAAAUACGUACACGAGUCCGAGUAACGACGACCAACGUGGAGAAACUCUGGCUUUAGGCCUCUAUAUAAACAAAUAAAGAGAGUUCUCUCAUUCUCACAAGUCAUUUAACAACUGUAGCUCUCGAAGUAGAACUCAAAAAACUUCUAGAUCAUUCUUUUCCCGCGAAUAUUCAAGUCUCAUCGAUCGAUCAUGAUCUCCGUAGUAAUCAUUGUUGAGCUACUGGUGGAGUACACGACGUCUCUCGCUAAACUCAUCACCGCUGGGAUUCUUCCGAGGCGGCAAGGCGACGGAAACUUCGUAAGGAUUGGCAAUUUCUCUGUGUAUUGUCCCCCUAGGUCCUCGCCGGUUCCAGAUUUCUCUUCGCAUCUUGUCGAUUUCUGAUAACAGCUGAGAUUUCUUUUUCCCCUUUUGGAUACUGAGCACAGGCUAGAGAUUUGUAAACAUGUAUCGUAUCGAAUUAUAUAAUACUAGAAAUUAUGAUUAUGACAGCCUUUUUCUUAAGUUAUGUUAACUGAUCAUAUGUUCUGUUGUGUCCAAUUGGUAAUUGUCUCGACCAAUGAUGAUUUCCUAGAAUUGACCUCCUUUAAAUUCAGUCACAUUUUAUAGUAGAAUUCUUUCAAAAGAUAGUCGGUGAUAAAACAACUUUACCGAUAUAUAUAUAAAAUUUCAUAUCCAUUUUGGUGAUAUGGACUCCAAUUUUGUAGAAAAAUAGAGGGACUAUUAAACUAAAAUGAGAUGAACCUAAAAGGAAAAAAAAACAAAUAGAAUGUUCUAAAACCAAGUAGACCAGAAACACACUGACUGAGUAUUUAUUUAUAUAUACUUUAUUGGGUAAGUGGUAUAUGAAAAAGCAGCGGCUAAUGGUAUAUGCCGUAUCCGUAUUACAUCAUCAACAUCACUUCAUAAUUUACUGUAAAAUAGAGUGAUGAAAAAGCAGCAGCUAAUGGUAUAUGCCGUAUCCGUAUUAUGUGAGCUAGGUCAUCUGAGCUAGGUAUCUUCAACAUCACUCCAUAAUUUACUGUAAAAUAGAGUGAUAAAUAAAUAAAUAAAUGAUUACUAGUGAUAAACAAACAAAAAUAUGAAAUAAUAAUUACUUUUUUGUUUGUUUAUCAUUCAAUUUUUCAUUAUAUUUUGCAGUAAAUUAUGGAGUGGGACUAGAGAUACUCCACCUUGAAUUUUGUCAUGUCACCAAAACUGUGACAGUUUUGUCUGCAACGCGUGUCAAUUACUAAAGAGUAGUAUAAUAAAAUAAAGAAAAGGAAAGCGAUAUUCGUGUACAAGUAGUAGGUCUCGAAAACACUGGGAGCUAAAGGUUUGUCGCCUAUAUAAAGAGAUUUAUACAUGUAUGGUGUCUCUCACUUCCAAACACCAUAAGAGAUAAGUGAGAGACUUGUAGAUUUCCGGCGAGAACCGUUAUUAAAAUUUCCUAUUAUCAGAGAUAAUGAUUUCUGUUGUUAUAAUCACUGAGCUACUGGUCGAGUACACGACGGCACUCGCGAAACUCGCGGCCGGGAUUCUUCCUAGACGGCGAGGAGACGGUGACGUUAUAAGGAUUGGUGGUUUCUCUCUCCGUUUUCCUUCUAGAUCGACACCUGUUCCAGAUUUCUCUUCUCAUCUAGUUGAUUUCUGAUCUGCGCAAAACCAACUUUCUCAGAUCUCAGUUUUGUGUUCUUCUCCGGAGCUUUCUACGAGAUCGUGGCGGAUGAGAGACUUCGUUUUGAAGAAACUUUCUCUAGAUUUUGUGUUGAGUGCUUGGUCAGAGCUUUGUAUAAUUGUAUCGAGUUAUUAAUAGAGAAUAUGGUUUUGAAGA